UAGAACUCUGCAGCGAGUGGCUGCCUGCGCCUGCUGCAGCGUGGGCCUUGGUGGGAGAGGAACACUUGAGUCGCUCAGAGGCUGCAGAGAGAGGAAUAACUCGUCUAACACAUUUUUCGUGCUGUGACCGUGAAGCGGUUGACUGAAUGGAAGAACCGACUGCUUGUAAGUAGAAUGAACACCGGGAGCAAUCUCUGCAGUCGCCACAAACUGUGAUGCGGAAGAGAUGGCUGGUGGGAGAUGCGCAUCCUUCCCAGAGAGAUUCCCUAAAGCACGCGUCGUGGAGAACAAGGAACUGGAGGCUGUGGUUUCCCCAGCUCCUCUGAGCUGGGGCAGCAGCGUUGCCACUGGUGCACUGGGAGAAAAGCGUGAAGCCAUGUCAGUACACACUGGCGUGGAAUUAACCCAAGAAUGCAGGGAGCAGAGCCCGGGGUGCUGCGCUGUGGGGUGCAGCUGGGUGGGUGCCUGCUGCUGAGGCGCUGCAGCCCAACUCUGGCACAGGCAGGAGGGAAAAUAUUGGCUGUGAAAAGCUCCCAAGUGGGGAGAGACUCAGUCCGUGUCUUGGAAAACACAGAGACCUGCAGCUUAACCUGGGUUUCAGAAACCUGGACCUAGGGCAGAGACUCCAGUGUGUCGUUAGGAGGUUGCACAGUGAGUUGAGGUGAGCCCAGCUCAGGAGUGCGCAAGGUGCGGGCUCUGGUUUGGCCGUAUGACACAGCAGCGCUCUCCUCCUGGCAGCUCUGGCUCCCGAUCAAAGCCAUUCCGAGCAGCAGAAGCUUUUUCUCCCAGUAUGCUGUGAGGGCAGAGCCUUUCCAGUUUCUCUGAGGAGCUGCUGCAGUUGACAAGUAAGAGUUUUAUUUUAUCAGGAACCACAAAAGUUUCACAAUGGGAAAAGAAGGAAUUGAUUCUGGCUGUGGGGGAGACCUGGUGUUAACUAAGAAGUGCUUCUUUUCAGGUGUCGUUACUCCACUAUGGCAGAUUUGGAGUUUAAACUAAUGGCAGUAGAGUUUUUAUAAAUAAAAAUAAAUGUGUCUGGUUUGGCUGAUAAGGUGUCGCUGCUAUCUCGUCCCACCCACUCUGUGCCCGCUGCUGACUCCACAUGAACUCUCUCCAGUCCAUACGGUGCGGACUGGCCUGGCCCCACUCACACACUUGGCCCUUAAAGAAAUAUUUAAGAUCCAUAACAUGGUGGCAGUGCUGGAAGUGAUCUCCAGCCUGGAGAAAUACCCCAUUACCAAAGAGGCACUUGAGGAAACGAGACUCGGGAGGCUUAUCAAUGAGGUGAGGAAGAAGACAUCCAAUGAGGAGCUUGCCAAACGUGCCAAGAAAUUGUUGCGGAAUUGGCAAAAGUUGAUUGAACCUGUAACCCCGAAUGAACCGGUGCCAAGGGGGCUGCCGAACCCACCGGGAUCAGCCAACGGUGGUGCUCACAACUGCAAACCAGACGCGCAACUUCCUGCUGUGGCUGGGUCAAAGCCCAUCAGCGAAUUGAAAAGCAGGAAUGAUAUUCAGAAACUAAAUUCCCCCAAACCAGAGAAAUUGGGAAAUCGGAAAAGGAAAGGGGAACACAGGGAUGGGCAUCAGGGCCCUCCUCCCCCAAAAGUCUCCAAAGCUAGUCAUGAAGUAUUACAAAACUCUUCACCCCCUCCAACAAAUGGAAUUGGGGGGAGUCCUGAGAAUUUUCCUAGUCCUGUAGAUGUAAAUCUACUUGGGGGGCCUGAAAGCAGCAGGACAGAGCUCAGCGAGAAUGACAAACACAGUAAGAUCCCGGUCAAUGCUGUAAAACCUCACACCAGUUCUCCAGGACUUGUAAAACCCUCAAGCACUUCCUCGUUACUAAAGACUGCGGUGCUUCAGCAGCAUGAUAAAUCGGAAGAAACCACAGGGCCACACCAACCUAAGAGUCCUCGCUGCGCCUCGUUCAGCCCCAGGAACGUCAGGCACGAGGCCUUUGCUCGGCAGCACACCAUGUACUCACCAAAGGAUUCGAUGCCGAGCCCAUCUCAAAGGUCUCAGUUCCUGGAUGCUGCGCAGGUGCCGUCGCCGCCGCCAUCCCUGAUGCAACCCUCCACGCCUCCCAUGCCAGCGAAAAGACUGGAGUUCUCUCAGCAGGCGGCAGCUGAGGUAUCGCAGCACUGGCCGGAGCAGCCGGGGCCUCCCGAGAGCCAGCACAGGCAUCCAGCGGGGACGCUCCAACAGCACCCGGCUCCCGGCUGCAAAGCCAGCGCCCACCCCGGGGAAUCUCUCGCGCCGCACAUGGGCUUCUCACAGGACGCUUCCAAAAUGGACAGUGACGAUGCUGCUUCAGGUUCUGAUAGUAAAAAGAAGAAAAGGUACCGGCCCAGAGACUAUGCGGUCAACUUGGACGGGCACGUGACAGAAGGGGGUGUGAAACCCGUGAGGUUAAAAGAAAGAAAGCUCACUUUUGAUCCCAUGACAGGACAGAUAAAACCUUUAACACAGAAAGAUCCUUUGCAGGUAGAAAUCCCUGCGCUUGCUGAACAGCACAGGACAGAAACGGAAAAGCAGGAGCAAAAACCCAACCUGCAAAGCCCUUUUGAACAAACGAACUGGAAAGAAUUGUCCAGAAAUGAAAUCAUUCAGUCCUAUUUAAACAGGCAGAGUAGCUUGCUGUCCUCGUCAGGAGUACAGACUCCAGGAGCUCACUACUUCAUGUCUGAGUAUUUAAAGCAGGAGGAAAGCACUAGAAAAGAGGCUAGAAAGACUCACGUUCUAGCUCCUAACAGCAAACCUACAGACUUGCCUGGGGUGACGAGGGAGGUCACGAGCGAUGACCUCGACAGAAUACGGGAGCACCACUGGCCGGGCGUGAACGGUUGUUACGACACACAGGGUAACUGGUAUGAUUGGACACAGUGCAUAUCGUUAGAUCCACACGGGGAUGACGGUAGAUUGAACAUCCUGCCUUACGUCUGCUUAGACUGAGCCCAGGGUUGCUAAAAAUGCUUUUUUUACAUCUGCAGUUAGCGAGGAAGGCAGACGCGCUGGAGAGAGCCUCCCGUCCUGGACAAAGGGGCCCCACGAGCAGAGGCGGGGAGGGAGCUGGGGACGGCCGGCUCUUCCCCUAAAUUCUCCUUUUGUGAAAUGCUGCUACCAGUUUACUAACAAUUGCAAAGGAAGGCAUACGAAGGUUGAGAAAUUGAGUUCAAAACUCUAUAGCGAGCCAGCUAUAAAAAAGUGUUAGUCCCCAGGAAGUGAAGAGGAUUUCCAGCACUUUCUGAAUGCCGGAAUCUUACCCACAGGCAGGUACAGAGCAAAACGUGGAAGUUACCUUAACAAAAUAUGCAUCUAUUUAUUUGACUUGAUUUGGGUUUUUAUUUGGCAGUGAGAUAUUCGAGAGACAAUGUGCAAAAACUGUAGUUUUUAUUUGUAUCACAUCUCUGAACAUGACGGCAUUGUUUCAUGUGGUACGGAGAUUGGGUUUUAAAGGGCAGGUGUUGCACUGCAGGCUGGGCCGCCAGCUUCAGCUCAACAUUCCAUAGGCAUCCACAUACUUUAGUCUGGUUUCAGUUUAAAUCCAGUCUCUGAGAAAUGCUGCAAAAACUAGAUGUUUAAUGAUAUUUUUGAUCCCACCACCACCAGCCAAAUAUUUUCCCUCCUUUUCCCUUCCUGCAAACUUAUAGGAAAAAGAAAAUAAAAAAUAAAAAA